AUGUCCAAGCUGGUCAAGCUGCAACUCUCGUCGACAGCGCUGGCACAGUUUCCCGAUCUGCCUACGGAGCUGUCGCGCACAAAGCGCAAGCCGAAACCGAAGGUGAAACACGAGGAGGAUGCUGUGGCGUCGCCCGUGCGAAUUGAAGGAACAGACGAAAACGACAAAAAGAGGCGGAUCAUUAUCAAGCCGCUAAAAAAGCCGGGCGUGCCUUCGUCUCCGGUAGUGGAGGACACUCCAAGCCGAGCAGAAACGCCUACGGGGAGCAAGGCGCGGGCAAGUGGCCUUUCGGGUGAGCUUGAUCGCUCAGGAAGACCGUGCAAGCGGUGGACCAAAAAGACGCGCGUGUUCAAGACGUUCAGCGGCUGGGACGUCGAGGUUGGGAUCUGGAGACCAUGUACGUAG